CUGAGAACUCAUAUCAUUAUCGAGCUGUUAAUAAAAUGGAGAAGAAACAAAACAGCCAUUUUAAACUUCAACUUCACAUAGCAGUAUUCCCAUGGCUAGCUCAAGGUCACCUAAUCCCAUUUCUCCAACUCUCCAAGUUGCUAGCUCAAAAGGGUCACCGCAUUUCCUUCAUUAGCACCCCAAAAAACAUCCGUCGUCUCCCAGACAUCAUCCCCCAAAAUCUCUCUCAUCUCAUAACCUUCGUUGAGCUUCCGCUGCCCCACGUUGAUGGCUUACCAGACGGAGCUGAGUCAACCUUCGACUUACCGAUUCACGAAGUCCCACUCCUUAAGAGAGCCUACGACGGGCUUCAACCCUGCUUGACUCAGUUUCUGGAAAACUCGGGCCAAGUCAUCAACUGGGUCGUGCACGACUUCGCUUGUCACUGGCUGCCUACAGUCGCGAGUCGACUCGGGAUCAAGUUAGUUUUCUUUUCCACAGUCAACGCCACAUCAAUGUCCUUUUUUGGAUCACCGUCGACAUCGGCGAGCGGUUCUCGGAGCCGACCGGAGGACUUCACGUCGGUCCCUAACUGGUGGAAGGAAAUGCCUUACGACGUCGCUUUUAAGUUGCACGAGAUGGAGUCUCACUGGGACUGCAUGGACUCCGAUGUUUCGGAUUUUGAGCGAGGUAAAGAGGUGGUUCAGGGCUGCGAUAUCAUACUCACCCGGACUUGCCCCGAGUUCGAACCCGAUUCCCUGAGUCUUCUCAAGACUCUUCACGAAAAACCGAUUCUUCCCAUUGGGUUGUUGCCACCGUCUGAACCAAGAGAAUAUGGAGACGAGAGAUGGGAAGCUGUGAAUCAGUGGCUGGCUUCCAAGAACGGUGAUUCCGUCCUUUACAUUGCGCUCGGUUCGGAGUUGAGUCUGAGUGAAGAAAUGAUGCACGAGUUAGCUCGUGGAAUAGAGAAAUCUGGGCUGCCGUUCAUUUGGGUGAUUAACGAUCGCCCAUUGGUAGAAGGGAAACUGGGUUCGCACAUACUUCCAUCUGGGUUCGAAACCCGGGUCUCGGAUCGGGGUGUGGUGUGGAGGGGUUGGGCGCCACAACUGAGGAUCUUGGCUCAUCCUUCGGUGGCCGGGUUCUUGACUCAUUGCGGGUGGAGUUCGGUGAUCGAGGGACUCGGGUUCGGACGUGCGUUGGUUCUGUUUCCCGGUGGAAGCUCGGACAUGGGGUUGGUUGCGAGGCUGUUGCACAACACGGGAAUCGGGUUGGAAAUUCCCAGAGAUGAUCGGAACGGGUCGUUUACAUGCGACUCGGUGGCUGAGACGAUCAGGCGAGUCAUGGUAGACGAGGAAGGAGAGCCACUCAGAGCAAAGUCACGUGAAAUGAGGAAGAUCUUCGGCAGUGUAGAACUGCAGAACAAGUACUCGAACCAGUUCGCUGAGUUUCUUGCAAGAGAGACUACCGAGUCAUCCCAGUGACGUUGAACUCGGAUUUGGUGAUUUCAUUUAGUCAACUUAAUAAUAUAUAAAUUUAAACAAAAUAAAUAGAGAUUCUAUAUGUAAUUUUAUUACUUGGGAAAAAGACAAGGAAAGAAGGCAAAUUCCAUCUGAACAGACCAAAAAUAAAAUAAAAUUACAGAAUGAAUCUCCAAUCUCAUAACCAUGUUGAGAAAGGAAUAUGUACGAUGUUCUUAUCACCAUGCAAUAAAUUUGUGCUUAAGAAAU